CGACAAUGGCUGCUGCUACGCUUAAUAACGAAAUUAAUAAUUCUGGUAGUCGACGAUAUGUAUUUUAUUUCCAAAUAGAUGAUCAACCUGCAUAUCGAGUAGAAAAUCUAGAUUUUCAAACCUACUUGAAAAUUAAACAUGAUAAUAAUGAAGCCUUUGCAUUUAUCACAAGAUUAAUUGAGCUUUGAAAAUAUCCACUUCAUUCUGAAGAAUUUACCAGGGUCUAUAAAAGCAUCGACUGCAUUGACUUUGAUCUGAUUAAUUAA